AACAGUCCCUUUCAAGAUGUAUGGAAUAUCGCACGUUGCAUCAACACCAAGAACAAGUUCAACAGAGUUUAACGGAGAGCAGAGACACAGCCUCUCACAGCGUGUUUUUCCAAGUUAUGCUUGUGCCUUUUCGGACGAUGACCCUGCUUAUGAAUAUUGUUCCACAAAUACUCCACCAGGAUCCCUUUCCAUAUGUCGCCACAGCCCUCGACUGCUUUCUAAUGGGUAUUACAUUUGGACAGAAGACAGUUUUCUGCCUGAUGAAGAGGGCAACAUAACAUUGACACCAUCCCAGAUAAGUGUUACAUACAAAGAGAAUUUAGUUCGUGUAUUCAGGCGAAGGAAGAAAAUCCGUCGGUCUCUUGCCAGCUUGUUCAGUCUCAAUGCCUCCACUUCUUGGCUCAGCAGCACCGUCCCCAGCAAAAUGGAUUCCUCCCAUUUAGAUGAUCCUUGGACUGAUGAAUGCAAUGAACUAGAAGCCAGUCAGAGUGAUGCUGUCACUGAAGAUCUUGUUAGAAGACGUGCAGAGCAUAAUGACUGUGAAAUAUUUUCACUGGAAGAAAUCUCUUUACAUCAGCAGGAAAUAGAAAAACUAGAGUAUCUUGACAAGUGGUGUCGAGAUUUAAAAAUUCUCUAUCUUCAGAAUAAUCUAAUUCAAAAAAUUGAAAAUGUGGGCAAGCUGAAGAAGCUGGAAUACUUAAAUGUAGCUUUGAACAACAUAGAAAGAAUUGAAAAUUUGGAAGGCUGUGAAGAACUGAAGAAACUUGACCUGACAGCAAAUUUCAUUGGUGAACUCUCCAGUAUUGAAGCCCUGAAACAUAAUAUACAUCUGAAUGAACUGUUUCUAGUGGGUAACCCUUGUACUGAAUUUGAAGGUUACAGACAAUUUGUAGUGGCAACUCUGCAUCAAUUAAAAUGUUUGGAUAGUAAACAAAUAGAACGUUCGGAGAGGAUUCAAGCACUUCAAAACUAUGCAGAAGUGAAACAGAAAAUCAGAGAACAGGAAAAAGCUUAUCUUCUCAAAAGGGCUAGAGAAAAGGAAGAGGCUCAAAGAAGGAUGCAAGAAAGAAAGGACAAGAAACAAAACCCAAUGGAAUCUAAACUUGGAUUUGACAGGCCAGACUCCCUACAGGAGAAAGAAAAACAGCGGGCAGAAGGAGGUGAAGAAGAGGAAUCAUGGAGAACAGUUGAAGAUGAUGAAGACAAAAGAUUUUGGGAGGAGCCUACACCAUACACACCAGAAUCUAGAUUAGAAACCCACAGAUACAUUGAAGAGAAACGGAGAGCUAAAGAGAAUGUAAGGGAAUCAAAAAAGAAAGAGAAGCCUCUUUGGACAUUUUUCACUGCAGAAGGAAAAGUUCUGAACGUGAAUGCGCCUAAGCUUCAUUUCUCUUUGAAAGAUGAUGAAGAAAACAACCAGAUCAUCUUGGAUCUUGCUGUUUACAGACAUUUGGACACUUCUCUGCUUGAUAUUGAUGUCCAGCCAACUUAUGUACGUGUAAUGGUGAAGGGAAAGCCAUUUCAGUUUGUGCUCCCUGAGGAAGUGAAGCCAGACAGCAGCUCUGCUAAAAGAUCACAAACAACCGGUCAUUUAGUUAUCAGCAUGCCAAAGGCUAAAGAAAUAAUCCUGCCUAAGCAAAAAGUAGCAACUCCAGUUAAGCAUUCUGACUGCAGUGCACUGCAAAAAAAUGCAAGAAGGGGCAGACAAGUUGAGAAAUUAGAAGUGGAUCCUAGUAAAUAUUCAUUCCCUGAUAUAACAAAGAUAAUCCAAGAAAAGGAACGAAUUGGACUGGGACCUAUUAAGCUACAACCAGAGAAGACUGCAGAGACUAAGAAUAGUUAUGUUGAUUUUGAAAAUAAUGAAGAUGUUCCUCUCUUAAUUUGAAACAUUCUGAAAUAGUCCCUCUGUAUGUAGUGUUUAUGCUUGAGGUGUUUCCAUGACCCUCUGUGUAAAUAUAAUAUAGCUGAAGUUGGAAAUAUUA